AUGAAUUUAGUAAAGUGUUUCCUAUCAUUUGUGCUCUUGCUGCUUUAUGUGGAAUUUAAUUCGGCAGUUGAUUGUGAUGCACAGGAAAGGACUCUUACGACACUGGAAGCUAAGCUAGCCAAGUGCAUUACCGAACCAGCUGAGCCGACUAGCUGUCUAGCCUUUGGUAAUUCAAGUGAUAUUCAAACGAUACGCGUACCUGGUGCGGAAGCCUUCCAGGUGCCCUGUGAUUCAAAGUUCGCUGGCCCGGGAUGGGCAGUCAUUCAACGCAGAGUGGAUGGCUCUGUGAACUUCAAUCGAACAUGGGAGGAGUACAGAAAUGGAUUUGGUGACCUGCGCGGUAGCUUUUGGCUCGGCCUGGAGAGGCUGCACCAGAUGAUCAAAUAUCAGCCACACGAACUCUACAUACAUACUGGAAGGAUUUUCAAGAAACGAUAA